AUGCCAUCUGUGAAGUGCUUGCAGGAGGUGAACCAAGAAUACUCAGCCGAGCAGACACAGCAGGCUCUUCACCAGUCGGUCUUCAUGACCUCCAUGUCUGCCCACCCUUUCCAGGACCUUCCCCUUGGCAGAGAGCAGCACUGCAAGCUGCUUCCAGGUGUGGCUGACAUCCAGGCCAGCCAAGUGGCCCGAUGGACAGUGGAUGAGGUGGCUGAGUUUAUACAGUCUCUUCUGGGCUGUGAGGAGCAUGCCAAGUGCUUCAAGAAAGAGCAGAUCGAUGGCAAAGCCUUCCUUCUUCUGACACAGACAGACAUUGUCAAAGUGAUGAAGAUCAAGCUGGGCCCCGCACUGAAGAUUUACAAUUCUAUCCUGAUGUUCAGGACCUCCCGGGACUUUACUGAAGACAAUACUGCCUCAGGCCAAGAAGCCAGGGAUGAACCCACUCCUGAACUAGAACUUCCGCUGGCACCAGGACCUGUGCUCUUUCAGCAAUAAGUUAGUGCCCAUUCAUUAGAUUUUAAUGUCCCAAUGGUCACACCUGUAAUUAAUCUGGACCCUUUGAAGUAUCUGUGGCUUAUGUGUGCAGAGGAUUUUGAUAAGUGAUCAGUGCUAGGAACAUGGUUAUCUUUGUGGGGCUCCUUUCUGCUCUGAUGUGUUGCAGCAAAGACCAAAGAAACCCACACAUAUGUCUAUAUUCUUCCCUCUCCAUAAAAAAAGCCAUAUUCCAUUCUGCAAGUGUAUGUCCUUCCAGUCGUAUGACAGUGAAGAGAGGUAUACAUCUGUACCUGACUAAUACUUUCACCAGAACCACAGCUAAGUGUGGCUCACAUCUGUCAUCUGGGUGCAGCAAG